AUGCUGGAAUUGUCGUCAGUGACCGCAUUGGCAGGGAAAUGGCCACCCAGCUCGACCUCGAAGAAUCCUUGGAAGCUUCUAGAUACGCCGGUCAUCCUUAUCCCACUCACCCCCGUGAGGGAUGGUCAUUGUCCUGAAUAUAGCGGGGAGGAACAAGCUAUUUUUGUUGUUGGUAUGGUAAAAGCCAAGCCUUGUGUGUUUAUUGGAGCUAUUCAAUAUCUUUUAGUCUUGGCAACUCGUGUUGAGGUUGUUAACUUCCCUUACCUUUUAGUACUUUUUUUUCUACAUUUCUCAUGGAAUAUUGUGUUUAUUGGAGGACCAGUUAUACGAUAA